UAAACAAACGGAAAUUUCUCUCGCGUGAAAAGUCUUAAUUUCCCCGAAAAUAAGGAAGAAUGAAUUGAAAAAUCGUGUCAAUUCAAAACCUUUCCAUUCAUUUGUUUCAAGUCAAAGAAGUAACAAGCUCUUAUUUUUUGUAAUAUUACAUUUAAUUUUUUGUUCAAAAUGUACCAUAUUCACGACUUAAAAGACGAUGAAUUGGAGAUGAUUUUCAAGAAACUCUCACGCCACGAUCGUUUGAAAUGCAAAGAGGUCUGUAAGAAAUGGUACGAGUAUUUUAUGGAACCACUAAAUUUUCGUGAGGAUCGUACCAUCUACUUAACAAACGAAAGUCGAGUUGGCAAAAUGGUCUCAACUUUAGCAGCAGCAAAAGGCUCUUAUGAAAAGUUGGUAGUCGUUGAAUUAAAUAAAACGAAAAAGUUUACAAAGCUUGGUAAAUGUCUUCGUAAAAAUGGAAUCAAAGAAGUUUGUUUUAAGAGCUUCAAUCCAACAUAUUAUGAUUUAUUACCAAAAUUGACAUUUGUUGAAUCUUUGUCUAUUGAGAGCUACUAUUUCCCGAAAUUCUGUAAAAUUUCAUCAAAAAACGUGUAUUUCAGAAAUUUAAAAAAAAUCACUAUUGUAAUAAUACAUGGUUUCUGCUUUGGAGAAUGGAACGGUAUGAGUGAACUUCCUGCAUUACGAAAAAUGAUACCAAAAGAUGUCGUAAUACACUUCAAAGUUCGUUAUCUAGAUGAUCCUAAAUGGUUGCCAAAUUUUAACGAAGCAAUGAAAGCUUUAAAUGUACACUUUGAACUAAUUCAAGCAAUUCUAAUUAUUGGAUACUCAAGUUUGGAGAGAGAACAACUUUUGGAGUUUAGCAAAUGCGGAUUGCAACAAUUCAUAAUUCAUUGUCCUGAAAGACUGCCAAUGAAGUUUGAAGAGCUUUUAAAUAACAUGGAAAACCUUCGAGAGUUGAGGAUUUACGGCAUUAAGGACAUUUCAAUUUUGAGAGAAUUGAGUGCGAAAAAUUUAACAAAAAUUACUGAAUUAUGUAUUAGGGAUGCGAUUUGUAAGUCGAAUCAUGACAGUUUCAGCUUUCCAUCUCUUUUGGAACUCAACAUUAAAAAUUGUCAGUGCAAGAAAUGCUUUGAAACUAUUCUCGAUAGUCGUAUGCCAAAACUACGAGAAAUAACAAUUGAUAAACCUCCAUCCCCUGUGAUAUUGCGACAAUGGGAGAAUUUGGAGUCAGUGAAACUUAUUGAACUAAAUGAGUUUGAUCUAACUAAAAUCUUUCAAAAUUGUCUGCCUUCUUUACGAAAAUUUUUAGUACUUGAAUUUGAACUCGAGACUCUAGAAUUGUCAGUUGAAGCCAUUAAGAGAAUUGACAAGCUUUGUCCAAAACUUGAAACGUUUGAGCUCAUAACAUACGAAUUGCACGACAUACAAGUCAACGUUUCUCCAUCAUUGGAAUAUUUGGGAAAUGCUUUGACAAAUGGAUUCAAAAAUUUGAAAAUGUUUAGGGUAACGGGUAAUGAAGGUUGGAGUCAGUUGCAACUAACGAAGAAAGAUGGAGUUGUAAACUAUUGUAAUUUCAAAGAUGACCUCAAUGUAAAUAAUGCUAAGAGAAGAAGAACCGAAAAUUAAUGAAACAAAAAAAUGUAGAUAAGUUUCGAUAUUUAAAAAAAUAUAGUUUUCUCCCUAUAUUCAUAUCGACAUGCAUGCAG